CAUGAUGAUAUGGAGCCUGGUGAUGUUCAGGAAGGACUCUGUGCUCAACAUCCUUAGUGAGACACUCUCAAAGGACACCUGUCCUCACGUCUUCCACCUGUGUCCACCUGUCCUUGCGUCGUCUUUUUCUUUAUGUGUCCACAGUUUAGUCUCUAGACUAGAAGACCUCCGCAGAGCAGUACAGCACCUGGCAGCUGUUCCUGGAGACCAUCAUCCCCAUCCUGCAGAACCUUAAAUAUAAAGUGUCUCCGUUCAUCUGAUUCACAUCAGCAGCAGCGCUUGAGAUCAAGCAGUCCGACAGCACAUGGAUCCCCAGUGAGACGAGCGGGCGCUGCGGCCAGCGGGUGUACAAGGUGUGUAAGGUGUGAUGGCGCUGUGCCCUGAGGCCUGUGUCUCUGGCUCAGGAGGAGAAUCCUCCGGCAGUGAGGCGGGGUCUAGCUGUCUUCAGUUCGGGGUUCGUUCCUAUCUGCACCACUUCUACGAGGAGUGCUCGUCCUCCAUGUGGGAGAGAGACCCGGAGGAUCGGGGGUUCGUCCAGAGCCAGAGGUCAAACUUGUGGUGGAACUCAGCAGUCUGGAAGGUGUCCUUGGCCCUGGGUCUCCUCAUCCUGACUGCAGGUAUUGCCAGCCUCUCAGUCGGUUACUCCACUCCCCAUAAAAUUGAGUCAUUCGGAGAGGGAGACCUGUUCUUUGUGGACCCCAGGGCCGUCAGCUUCAACAGGGGGUUGCACCUCAGCACUGCUGCCGGGAUCGGGCUCUCCUGUCUUGGUUCGGCCCUGGCGGCAAUGGGGGCUGUCGUUUGGAUCCUCCCCCGGGCCAACUUGAAAGAGAGGCUGUUCCACAGACCGGGGGAAGGAGGACGUAGAGGAGAGGCUGGCUCAAAGUGGAGGGGAUUCAGGUUUCCAGGGGAUGUGGUCACUAAGCCGCCAGGUAUAGAGGAAGGGAAGGUACCUGUCACACUGUCGAAAGUGGAAAAUGUGCAGCCCGCUUCUUAAAAAAAGAUCAUUGCUGAGCUACAUGAUGUAAAAGCUAUUGUUCUAGUUCUGGGGCCUCAUUUACCUGGUCUUAUUAUUGUUUUGGAUCUGUUUUAGCAUGCAAAUUGUUCAAAUGGAGGUUUUGUGACCUGGAUAUCACAGUUAGAGAUAUAACGGUCUCUACAAGAUUUAAAAUGGCGAGGAUCCGCUCAACGAUGCAAAAUUAAUAUGUCUGAUUGUUCCAUGUGGAGUUCAGCUUUGGUGAAAUUUGUCAGACAAAUCUGGGCCGUUGACCAAUUGCAAGCCAUCUUGACAGAGCUGACUUUUGAGGGGACAGAGAGCCGGAGUGUCUAAGAUAGCGAAUGUCACAUUGUGGUGUGACUGCCACUUAAGAUAUAGACGAGGUGCUUUAAACACAGGAUUUAAAAACACAACUUGAUCUGAAGAGAUAAUACAUUUUUGUAAAUCCAAAUUCAAAUCUGUAAAUGAGGCCCCAAGACUCGUGACCUUGUGUCUCUCUGAAACACCUCACACUACAGGAUAGGGAUAUAGUUGUUGACCACAGACUGUGUUGUGCAGUGCUCUAGUCUUAUAUUUUAAAAAUACAGUGAGUAAUGUCCACUUCAACUCUCAAAGAGAACAGAAUCCUAAUGACUGAUGGUAGAAAAUGAUAAUGUUUUUACCUCCCCCUUUGAUAGUGUUGUAUUUUUGCUCAAAAUGUUUUAUCAAUAUUUUUUUUAAAAGUACUAGUAAUAAGACAAGGUGUUGAUACUGCAUGAAUCACAUAGAAAACACAAUGUUCUCAUUCAUACAUACAUACACACGGAUCACAGGACAUUCAGGAAGGUGUUCACAUGUAGAAAGGAUCAUUAACUAUUCUGUAUCUACAUGUUCACAUUCCUCCACUAAUGCUCAGCCCACUGAGUUCAACACAUGUACAGUCACUUGCACUCAUCCCCCACACACCCACACAAGUACGAAUUCGUGCUCCAUUGACAAUAUCACCUAUUUUCUCCCCACUGUAAUCUGGCUGCGUAAUUGCCGCCAAUCUGUGUCUCCAGGCAACAGUUGGACUUCAAGAGCUCUAUUUUCAACUCUGAACAAAGACUCUGCCCUGAUUGGAGCAGCACCUCCCCUGUCUUUAUUUUCACACCAAUCAGAUUUUUUUGUGUGUGUUUACGGGCAUAAUGUUCACAGUAGUGGC